AUGCCUUCGCGACGGUCUCACACUAAAUCACAUCACGGUUGCACUCAAUGCAAACAGCGUCGAAUCAAAUGCGACGAAGCUCGCCCUAGUUGUGGUUCCUGUCGAAAAAAGAAAAUCGUUUGUAACUUUCUUAGCCAGGCACCGUUGCCCUUAAACCCACUGCAACAGUAUCCGCCGCAGUCUAGCAGCCCCAGUCCGGGGUUGCACUCCGCUGCAGCGAAUCCAACGAUUCCACUGCUGGAGCUCGAGCUCCUGCACCAUUGGCACACGACCACAGCCGCGUCUUUAGCGCAUAACAGCUCAAUCCAAGACCUGUUUCGCAUCACCGUCCCGGAUGUGGCACUAUCCUACCCGUUCCUGAUGCACAGCCUUCUAGCUGUCUCAGCUUUGCACAUCGGCCACAAAUGCCCGGCGGAGCGCCGACGCAAAUACACAGAAGCAGCGAUCAGACACAACGAUCUCUCCUUAUCACUAUGUACGCCACUCCUCAGUAAUGUAACGUCGGAAAACUGCCAUGCCCUGUUCGCCUUUUCGUGUCUUGUUGCUAUCUUCGCCUAUGCUGCGGAACACCCACCCUCUUCCUUGGAUACGCUGGAAGUAGCCGACGUGAUCAAAGUGUUCAAGCUGGUCCGCGGAGCAGGCUCAAUAGUGGGCCAAGCCCGUCCCUGGAUCCAGCAAGGUGAUAUGCGCCAGUUGCUCAAUGCAGGUCGCAACUUACGGCAACCAGCUACGACAAAGUAUGCCCCCGAGCUGUAUGCUCGUUUACAAGAGACCAUCGAACAACAUGCAAGCCAUUUGAUGAGUGACCGGAAGGUGGGCCCCACACUUUCCUCAUCUCUUGAGCAUCUACGUGACGUCUUCAGGCGGUGCACUACACUUGAAGACCCGGGCGCCCUUAUGGCGUGGCCUGUGUUGGUGGACGCGGGCUAUCUUGACCUUCUGCUGCAAGGAGAACCGACGGCUUUCGUAAUCCUUGGCCAUUAUGGGGUCGCGCUGGAGUUGCUAAAGGAUGAGUGGUGGCUAGAUGGUUGGGGUGAACUCUUAGUCAAUCUUGCCUUGAAACACUUGGGUACUGCGGGAGAGUGGAAGAUGGCACGGUGUUUGGAGCUGGUAAGAGAGGAUCGAGCGGAAAGAACAGCGGGGGGUGACUCGACUGGGGGUUUAUAG